AUGCAGAACACACCUGCCUGCUUCUCCCUGGAGAGCCUUUCUCAGCGCCAGAGCCUGCGUCUAGCUCUGGGGCCGCUGGUCCCACCUGGCCUCGGCAUCUCCUCCCUAGCCGAGGAAGUGGUUUCUCUGAACAAAUGGAUCUUCCUGAUGGAGGCCCUGCUGGCCGUUUCCCCAGGGCCCCCUAAUGUGCUGUGGAGGCCUCAAGCAGCCAGUCUGUCGAGCGUUUCAUUAUCCUCCUUCGAGGGCAUUGCUGCAGCCCCCCUGCGAGCUCAGGGCAUUGCUGCAGCCCCCCCUGCGUGCCCAGCCUGGGCUGAGCCGGUCUGGGUGACCGUCAAUGCCAUCUCUGUGGAAACCCCGCAGGAAGUUCUUCGGGCUGCCAGGGGAAAGAGUGCCACCCUUCCGUGCACCUACCACACUUCUGUCCCUGACAGAGACGGAUUUAUUCAGUGGGACAAGCUUCUAAGGACUCAUUCGGAAAAAGUGGUCAUCUGGACAUUUAAGACCCAAAGCUAUAUCUACGGCGAGCGUUAUGAGAAUCGCGUCAACGUAUCAAGCAAUGUUGGGCAGUCGGACGCCUCCAUCACCAUCGACCAGCUGACCAUGGAUGACAACGGCACCUACGAGUGCUCCGUCUCGCUGCUGUCAGACAUGGUGGGCACCUCCAAGUCACGCGUCCGCCUGCUGGUCCUUGUGCCACCCUCCAAGCCGGACUGCAGCAUUGAGGGAGAGACAGUGAUUGGGAACAACAUCCAGCUGACCUGCCAGUCAGCAGAGGGCUCCCCGGCCCCGCAGUACAGCUGGAAGAGCUACAACACCCAGAACCAGGAGCGGCCACUGGUCCCGCCAGUCUCCGGCCAGACCGUCUUUCUGAAGAACAUCUCCACAGACAUGUCGGGCUACUACAUCUGCACCUCCAGCAACGAAGCGGGGACGGACUUCUGCAACAUCACCGUGGCUGCCAGACCCCCCUCCAUGAACGUGGCCCUGUAUGCGGGCAUUGCUGGGGGCGUGGUGGCAGCCCUCCUCCUCAUCGGCAUCAUCAUUUACUGCUGCUGCUUCCGGGAAAAGGAUGACAAGGAGGUGGACAGGGAGGACACGAGGCCGAACCGGGCGGCUUACCAGGAGCCAUCAGAGCAACUGAGAGAGCUUCCCAGAGGGAGGGAAGAGGAAGACGACUACAGGCACGAAGACCAGAGGAGCUCAGGGCGCGAAUCCCCUGACCGUGCUGGACGGUGACAGGCCGCUGCAGCUGGGUGCAGGGAGGGUCGGGGCGUAGCCUCCUGCUUCUUGGCCUCCUUCUCUCCAGGCCCAGCUCUGUCCUCCAGCCCAGGCAGUGGUGGGAGCACUUCUUCCCCAUGCUUGCUUCUGGGGGCCUGGCUGGCCUGGCUGAAGGAACCC